AUGCAGGCUCCGGUGGUGGUGAUGAACACCAAUGCUGGCGACCGCCAGGUUGGCCGCCGUGCGCAACUUUCCAAUAUUACUGCUGCUAAGACUGUGGCCGACAUUAUUCGGUCAUGUCUUGGUCCCAAGGCUAUGUUGAAGAUGCUCCUCGACCCAAUGGGUGGUAUUGUUCUAACCAACGACGGCCAUGCCAUUCUGCGAGAAAUUGAGGUGUCACACCCUGCCGCAAAGAGCAUGAUCGAACUCAGCCGUACUCAGGAUGAGGAGGUCGGAGACGGAACCACAACGGUUAUUAUCUUGGCCGGUGAGAUGCUCGCUCAGGCCCUUCCCCAGCUCGAACGUAAUAUCCACCCCGUCGUCAUCAUCUCCGCCUUCAAGCGCGCUCUUGCCGAUGCCCUUCAGAUCGUUGAAGACGUUUCGCUACCCGUCGAUAUUCACGAUGACAAGGCUAUGUUCACUCUUAUCCAAUCUUCCAUUGGUACCAAGUUCGUUUCGCGUUGGUCCGACCUUAUGUGUGGCUUGGCAUUGAACGCUGUGCGCACAGUCUCUUUCGAGGUUGGUGGCGGUAAGCAGGAAGUCGAUAUCAAGCGCUAUGCGCGUAUUGAGAAGAUCCCCGGUGGUCAGAUCGAAGAUUCCGAAGUCAUCGAUGGUGUUAUGGUAAACAAGGAUAUCACUCACCCUAAGAUGCGGAGAAAGAUAGAGAACCCCCGUAUUCUGCUUCUCGAUUGCCCCCUGGAGUACAAGAAGGGCGAGUCUCAGACCAACAUUGAAGUCUCCAAGGAAGACGACUGGAACCGGAUUUUGCAGAUUGAGGAGGAGCAGGUGAAGCACAUGUGCGAGGCCAUUCUGGCAUUCAAGCCCGACGUUGUUAUCACUGAGAAGGGCGUCUCAGAUCUUGCACAGCAUUACUUAAUGAAGGGCAACAUCACUGCUCUCCGCCGGGUGCGAAAGACUGACAACAACCGUAUCGCCCGUGCCACCGGUGCUACUAUUGUCAACCGCGUUGAUGAUAUCCAGGAGUCAGACAUUGGUACUCGCUGUGGUCUGUUUGAGAUUGAGAAGAUUGGUGAUGAGUACUUCACAUUCAUGCGAAAGUGCACGUCCCCGAAGGCCUGCACCAUUCUGCUGCGCGGUCCCUCCAAGGAUAUCCUGAACGAGAUUGAGCGCAAUCUCCAGGAUGCCAUGGCUGUUGCCCGCAACGUCAUCUUCCACCCUCGCCUGUCCCCUGGUGGUGGUGCCGUUGAGAUGGCAGUUUCCGUGAAGCUGAGCCAGCUGGCCCGUUCCAUCGAGGGUGUUCAGCAAUGGCCCUACAAGGCUGUCGCUGACGCUAUGGAGGUCAUCCCUCGCACAUUGGCACAGAACGCCGGUGCCAGUCCCAUCCGUGUACUGACCCAGUUGCGUGCUAAGCACGUCGAGGGCCACACCACCUGGGGUCUGGACGGCGAGUCUGGCAAGUUGGUUGAUAUGAAGGAGUAUGGCGUUUGGGAGCCCGAGGCUGUCAAGCUCCAGAGCAUCAAGACCGCAGUCGAGUCCGCAUGCCUGCUGCUCCGUGUCGACGAUAUUUGCAGCGGAAAGUCAGCAGCACAGGUCAGCAGCGGUGGUGGUGGUGAGGAGUAA